AGAAGAAAUUGGAAAACCUAUUUUAAAAUAGACUUUCUUAACCUUUGUCAACUAUAAGAAGAACAUUUCGAGAUGACGAGUGUGUUUAUUAUGGAGAUCCUUUCAUUAAUCUUUCCAAAAUGUCAUAUUUCACGAUCAAAAAAAAACAAUGAACGAACAAUAAAUAUCAGUAGAAAUAUUAGCAUAUUUGUGAAAUGAGCCAAGUUGCCAAAUAGGUUAUCAACGGUAUAUGUAUUGUGUUUGCGUGGAUACCUAUGUCUGUGCUGUGUUUCUAUUUUCAAAGAAUAUUCUGUCAUAUAUCAACUAUAUAAUAACUAUCGAAUAGUUGGAAAUUUGUAGGGGGCAAGGAUGGCACAAGACGAGGAUAACAAGUUAAUCAGAGAAGAUUUUGAUGCCGGUCCAUCUAGUUUUGACGAAAUCGAACCAAAUUUAUUUCUAGGGAAUCUAACAGCUGCUACCGAUGUGGAAUGGUUGAAAGAAAUAAAUAUGACUCACAUACUUACGGUUGAUUCGUGUCCUCUACCAAGAAAGAUUCAAGAACGUUUGCCCAAUCUCAUCAUUAAAUAUAUUCAAAUAACAGAUAUGCCGAGAGAAGAUUUAUUAACUCAUUUGGAAGAUUCUUAUGAAUUUAUCAAUCAAGCUUUAGAAUCAAAAGGUAGAAUCCUGGUACAUUGUUACUUUGGUGUAUCAAGAUCUGUUAGCGUUGUCAUUGCAUAUAUUAUGAAGAAACAUAGGAAAUCUUUUUUAGACGCGUUAGAAAUGGUCAAAGAAAAAAGACAUUUCGUCGGGCCAAAUCCUGGUUUUAUAGCUCAACUGAAAUUAUACGAAGAGAUGGAUUUUGGCAUAGACAAUACUAACGUUCAAUUUAAGAUGUACAGAUUGCAAAUAGCUGCGGAUAAAGUGAGGAAAGUUAAAAUUUUACCUCAAAAUUGUAUUGAUUUAAUUAAGCCAGAUCCUGCAUUAACGACUGUACGUCCAGAACCAACUGUUUAUCGUUGUAAAAAGUGUCGAAGAAUCGUUGCCAGCGCGAGUAAUAUUUUACCACAUACAACGCACCAAAGACAAAUUUGGCGACACGUUAGUUCCAAACGUAUGCUCAAACAGAUUAAAGAUGGGAAGGAAGGAGCAGAACAUGUCAAUGUAAAGAAAGAAAAUCAAGUGACAGAACUUUGCACUAAAAUAUAUUUUGUGGAGCCUUUGGCAUGGAUGCCAGAUAUAAUGCACAACGUGGAAGGAAAGUUGAAUUGUCCAAAGUGUAAUACAAAGUUAGGCUCUUUUAGUUGGAUAGCUGGUAGUCAAUGCCCAUGUGGUAGUAAAAUAGCUCCGGCAUUUUACUUAGUUCCUUCUAAAGUCGAUUGGAGUAACGCAGUUCAGAAUGUCCAGGUAACGGUUUAGUAUGCCAAGACAAUCUAUGCAAUCAAGACGCGUACGUAUAUAUAUAUAUAUAUAUAUAUAUAUAUAUAUAUGUACGUACGAUUGUUUGGACGGAUAAUUACAAUGAUAACGAUUGUCAUAUUUGUCAUUCUAUUAACGAUUAAACUGCUAAACAUUUGUAUUAUAUUUAUAUCAUAAAGCAUAUUCGAUUUAAAAAUGAUAAAACGUUUG